AUGGCGCCCGCCCUCGCCGCGACCACCCUGGCUCCAGCGCCGGCCGUGCCCGCGCCGUGCGGGCCUCGCGCCCAGCCGCCCGGCUGCCUCCCGGCCGUCCGCGCCGCGCCGCCGGAGACGCCAUCCGGGGCGCUCAGCAUGCCUCUGGACGCGGCCUUGACGCCGCCGCUCGCGCUGCAUACAACCGUAUGCGCGCCUGCAUACGGGGCUCCGCCCCCACCCGCUCUUCCACCGGCGGAAUGGCUUGCGCCGCUGUCACCGACGCCCGCCCUCGUCGUCCCGCCCACGCUCGGCCGUGCGCUGCGCCGCACCCCAGGCUACGGCCUCCACGCCGGCUACCCCGGCCGCACCCCACGCCCGGCUGCCCUGCCUCGGCGUUGA